UAUCUGUUCUGGAAUAUACUGUGUGUUGCUGUGCGGAACUUGAAAGCACAAGUGUGUGUGCGCAUCUGUUGUGCAUCUGAAAUAGUCUCUCAUCUUGUCCUUACAAAGGAAUGAGAAGCCCUGCAGGAUCAGAGCAGACAGCAGGGGGGUUCAUGGGGGAUAACUGUGUUUGGCUGACAGAACCUGUUGAAGGAGAAAAUAGACUAUUGCAUCUGUGCCACAACCCACCCUGCUGCUGACCCAAGCCCUGGAGGCUGCGGUCAGCGCUCGGUCACAUGGGGAAGGCAAACCCUUAAAAGCUCCCCCAACCUUCACCCGACAGUACAGUCUUCUCUUGGUUUUCUUUCUUUGUCUCUCCCGGGAAGCCUCCGAGGUACCAACAUGUCAGACGCUGAGGAAAUAGUGGAGGAGUAUGAGGAGGAGGAAGAAGUGGAGGAGGUGAAUGAGGAAGAAGAUGCUGAGGAGGAAGAGGAGAAGAAAGAAGGGCAUGUGGAGGAGAGUGAGCACGAAGAAGAGUCCAAACGCUGGUUUAAGACAACUUAUGUGCCAAACAUCGCUCCUCCAAAGCUCCCUGAGGGCGAGAAGGUGGAUUUUGACGACCUUCACCGCAAGAGACUAGAAAAGGACUUCAACGACCUUCAGACCCUCAUCGAGGUGCAUUUCUCCAGCCGUCAGAAGGAGGAGGAAGAGCUGAUCGCGCUGCGGAAUCGCAUCGAACGCCGGCGCUCCGACCGGGCCGAACAGCAGCGAGUCCGAGCGGAGCAGGAGCGCGAACGUCAGGCGAGGCUGACCGAGGAGAGGGUGAGGAGAGAGGAGGAGGCGGCCAAACUUCGAGCCGAGGAGGAUGCCAAGAAGAAGAAGAUAUUCUCCAACAAGUCUUUCGGUGGCUACCUGCAGAAGGUUGACCAGAAGAAAGGCAAGAAGCUGACUGCUCGAGAGGAGAAGAAGAAGGCCUUGAUGGAGCGCAGGAAGCCACUCAACAUCGACCACCUGACUCAGGAGAAGCUGGCAGAGAAGGCGCAGGACCUCUGGCAGUGGCUUCACCAGCUGCACGCCGAGAAGUUUGAGCUGGCGGAGAAGCUCAAGAGGCAGAAGUACGACAUCUACGUGCUGCGAAACAGAGUCAGUGACCACCAGAGGGGCUCCAAAGCAUCCAAAACCUCCCGAGGCGCCAAGGGCAAGUCCGGCUCCUGGAAGUGAGCGCCAGAGUCCGUGAUGACCGGACUUCCAAGUUGUUUCUGGACUAUCUGGUGUCCGUCUCCAGCUUGGAUCAUAAAACUUAUCCCAGGGAUUGUGUGCAGAUUGAUGGGCCGGGUUCCCCUUUCAGGGACUGAAUGCAGUAAAUCAUGCAAAAUAAUAGUGAAUGAUGUCUGAUUGUUCUGUUGAGAUUUAAUAAUCAACUUUAUUUACGUUUUCAUGUGUUCACAGGUUGUGGUUGAAGAGCUUGUUACGUAUAUAUGUAUGCUGGUGAUGUUUUGUUUUGCUUCCUACUAACUACUAGUUUCUCACCAUUUUCCUAAAAAAUGUUCUGCUUAUUUCCAAUAAAUCAACACGUGUGUAGUAGUGUUAUUUAUUUAUCUAAACUGUCAUUACUCUGUUGUUAGUGCUUUAACUGAGACGCCUCUGAAAACAUGCCCCUUCUUGUUAGCUUUGUAUUGCUGUGAUUCUUUGGUUAAGAGUGGUGUAGGCUGGGUUGUGCCUGAGAAGUCAAACAGGUGCUGCACAGCUGACUUGCGGUGCUGCUAAUUUAGUCGCUGCAGCUCAGGGCUGCAGUGUUUUUAGCAGAAAGACUCAAAUGUUGACUGAGAGGUCGAGACCAGCAUUCUUACAGUAUGCUGAGUGGAAGCAGCUGCACAGAGGGGGUGAAACAGCAGGAAAAAAUGUUUCCUUCUUAGCUUUUCAUGUAUCAAUUGGAUCAAUAUAUAAUUGAAAGACUUUUGAAGAUAUAUCUUGCGUACAUUUUUAUUAAAAAUAAAAAACUCGUGUUUUUAUGUUCAUUAUGAUCAUGUCUUUACAAAUUCCAUCAUUAUCUAUUAUGGAAAUAGUCACAUAUUAAUAAAAAAUGACUAGAUAUCACUAAAAUGUCAAAUAACCGUUCCA